GCAUCUCCGAGCCGGCCUGGGGGUGGCUGAACUUUCCUUCGCCGGCCGAAACCCCAGCCCCUGCAGCCGAUCGGGCCUCAAGCUACAGCUCCCCUCGCUGGGAGUUCCCGCUGCGGUCCGAUGGCCCUUCCAGAGCAGCGGAGCCCGUGCGCCCCAGCCGCUGCCGCCUGCACCGGAACCGGAGCCGCCAUGCCCAAGUGCCCCAAGUGCAACAAGGAGGUGUACUUCGCCGAGAGGGUGACCUCUCUGGGCAAGGACUGGCAUCGGCCUUGCCUGAAGUGCGAGAAAUGUGGGAAGACGCUGACCUCUGGGGGCCACGCUGAGCACGAAGGCAAACCCUACUGCAACCACCCCUGCUAUGCAGCCAUGUUUGGGCCUAAAGGCUUUGGGCGGGGUGGAGCCGAGAGCCACACGUUCAAGUAAACCUGGUGGUGGAGACCCCAUCCUUAGCUGCUUGCUGGGCCACUGUCCAGGCAAAUGCCAGGCCUUGCCCCCAGAUGCCCAGAGCUCGCUUGUAACCCCUAAUGCCCUCAAUAAACCGUAACAGUUGGAAAA